AUGUCAGGUACAAUGUACGACGAGCACGUUUAUGCACCCUCACGGCGCCAUUCAGUUGCUACUCCUCCCCCAUCCAUGACUCCACGACAUAGUCGGACCCGCAGUCAAAGUGUCAGAGUUAGCAACGGCACCGUGAGCACAAAUACAAGCGUUUCAAGUGGGAGGAUGUCGGAAGCUACAAACAUUACACAUCCGCCUGCGUAUUCCAAGAAGUUUGUUGUGGUUGGCGAUGGUGGAUGUGGAAAGACGUGCCUUUUGAUCAGUUAUUCCCAAGGUUAUUUCCCAGAGAAAUAUGUCCCUACUGUGUUCGAGAACUACAUCACACAAACCACCCACCGAGCUUCGGGCAAGACGGUUGAACUAGCCCUCUGGGAUACAGCGGGACAGGAAGAAUAUGACCGCCUGCGUCCACUGUCAUAUCCGGAGACGGACCUGUUAUUUGUUUGCUUUGCGAUAGAUUGCCCUGCAUCUUUGGAGAACGUCAUGGACAAGUGGUAUCCUGAAGUUCUGCACUUUUGUCCCACUACCCCGCUCAUUCUGGUUGGGUUGAAGUCAGAUUUGCGCUCGAAGAGAACGUGUAUCGAACUUCUAAAGACCCAGGGUCUAACGCCUGUGACGCCGGAACAAGGUGAGGCGGUGGCGCGCAGGAUGAAUGCCUCUUACAUUGAGUGUAGUAGCAAAGAAAUGCGCGGCGUCGACGGCGUCUUCUCCCUGGCAGUUGAUACCGUUGUCUCUGCCGAGGAACAAGACUGGAAUGACCGCCAGACGUCUUCUACUCCCGGAAGCAAACCUAAAGUUGGUGGUGGCGGCGGAGGAAAGAAGGUCAAAAAGCGUUCCUGCAAGAUUUUGUAG